AAAUGGCUACCGGGAUUGGUGUAUUCACAAAGAAAGCAGUUGCUGCAUAUGAUAAGUGGAUCCUAUCCAGUGAAAGCAGUGAAACGAGUCGAAUCUCUUUCAUAAAAGAGGUGGAGGAGGGAGAGGAGGAGGAAAGCGAAAAAUAUGUCCAAGCCUUUUCUGAUCUCGGCCUACAAAUAAGUGGCCAUCAAGUCAGACAGUUAUUGUUGACUUGUUCAUCGUGUAUAAGAGAGGAAGGUGAGAGACCAAGCAAGAGAAGGAAAGAGGAAAAUAAACCAAUUCUCUCUUUCCAUCAGUUUUGUGUAUUUGCUAGUGAAGUUGCUUACCACCACAGCUCCUGUCGUCUAAGCAGGUCUGAUGAUGGUAGCAUGGAGAAGCGAUACAUUAAACCAAUCAAAGAGAAACUGAAAUUUACAAAUAGUGAAUGUAGACAUGAAGGCAAGUAUAUUAAUUCAUUUCUGUUAGCAGUUAGUUUGUAUUUUAGUAUUUCUUG